GACUCGUUGCCAAAACGAACUGUUGCACCGUUCUUGGCGGACGUGCUGAACUGCCGCCUCAUCAAACGAUAACAGCAAGAGGGGGCGGUAUGCGCGGUUUGGAGAGAAGGAAGCGAUAAGUAUCAUAUUGUAACAACUGUUUAUUGUUCUUGCCAUUCGUGAUGAUUGAAACUGUUAACACUAUCUUGCCGUUCUGAACAUCUUCCUCCACGAUUGAUAUUUAUUUACAAGAAAAAAUGAUUCAAAAAUGGAAGGUUUCUGCGCAGAGAAGGACUCAAGCCAAGAAGAUCUACCUCAACAUCUAUGUUUAAGCAGUCUUAAUCUACAGAAAUAAAGACAUAUUACUGGACAAUUAUCGAACUGUUCUUUUAACUUCUUCAAUGCAAUCCUCGUGCAUCGUCAUAGAUUUUGCAUAAAUUAGAGCACAGAUAAGGAAUAAAUAUUUGAUUUGCCCCAUAUCAAUACUGAACUUACAACCACCACCAUUAAUUACUUCUAGUAUUGACUGUAAGAACAGAGAUUUCAAAAUGAUGUUAACAAAUUCUUCUGAUUGCGACCACGACUUUCAACGGAACGAGUUGGCCAAGAUAAUAAGCAACUUGAGUUAUGAAUACGAAGCUAGCUAUUUUAAGGAACUGGACAACAGUGAUUACGUAAAAUUCUUUGCUUACAUCAUAAUCAUUAUUGGUGGUUUGAUCGGAAAUAUAAGCGUCAUCUUAACCGUUGCUUUAAAUAGAUCCAUGCGAACUACUAUUAAUUACUAUGUCGCUAAUCUGGCAGUAGCGGAUGCACUGAUUUGCAUUUUCUGCAUGGGAACGCACAGUUUCGGGACAUUAACGCGCUCCUUUGCUCUUGGAGCCUUCAUGUGUAAGUUCAGCACAUUCAUGCAAAUGGUAUGUCUACUGAGCAGUGUUUUGACUCUCUCGGCCAUUUCAUGCGACAGAUUUAUCGCUAUAAUGUUUCCUCUUCACGUUCGGAUCACAAAGCAGAGGACAUCCAUAGUGAUGCAGAUAAUUUGGGUCAUUUCCAUUGUGGUCUCUCUCCCAUUUCUGUUUUUCAAGAAGCUCAUACUGUUUGAGUGGAGAGACUUUGUUGAACCUGUUUGCGCUGAGGAAUGGCCAAAGAUUUCAUACUGGGACAAAGAUCUUCAUGAGUGCAGACAGAUAGAGCAGUAUCGCUUCACGUACUACAUUACUUGCAGCAUUGUUCUGUACUUCAUACCCAUAAUUGUUAUGAUGACGGCCUAUUCUUUGAUCUUGUGGAAAUUGUGGAUAUCGGAAGUACCAGGGGAAAGACAUGCAGCAAAUAUCAAUGUGCAAUAUAGAGCCAGGAAAAAAGUCAUCAAGAUGGUCUUGGUUGUUCUGAUUGCGUUUAUUAUCUGUUGGACUCCAAUGCAAAUACAGAUAUACAUCUCAGCACUUCAGAGCGAAGCCCAGAGCGACAAAUGGAUAGAGCAGUACCAAUGGAUCAGCAACUACCUUGCAUUUGCCAAUAGCUUCAUAAAUCCUAUCAUUUAUGGAGGCUUCAACAAGACUUUCCGAGAAGGAUUCUGUAUUAUGCUGCGAUGUGGAUACAGGAGAGACAGAUUUGCUCGAAAUCCGCGUUCAAGAUUGACAUUCACAACAGGAGUGACAUCUAGUCCAUCUCGAUUUACUUCGAAAACGAUAAAUGGAACCAACAAGAAUUCUUCUCAAAAGUCCAAUAACAUGGAAAUGAUGCCAGUCUAUCAUCCCAACGGUGACGGGGAUACCUCGCCAAACAUGAAAGACACGUGUGUCAGCAUUGCUGAUGGGAAACAGUUAUUGUAACUCAUUGCAUAAAUGAAUUACGGUUAUAUUUGUCAAACUAAAGUCUCCAAAGAAAAUAUGUAAGAGACUAUCCUGUAACAAUAAUUGGUAAUUUUAAUAUUUUUAAAACAUUUUUAUAAUGUUUUAAAACUUUAUUUGAAAUCCAGCCUGAACAAGUCUCAGGCACAUAGUAAUUUCAUACUUGCUUCAAUAAUUUAGAUGAAGUAUGAAGUAAAUGGAAAAUCGUAUGGUAUUCUUUUAGAACGAAUUUGAAAAGAAAAGAUAUCAAUUUAAGUAUUACCCUUUUAUCAAUUAAUAUUUUAACAGAAAAUCAUGAGGAAUUUCUGACAAGUUUAAGUUUUUGCGCAAAGAAAUGCAGAUUGGAGUAUAGGACGAAGGUUUAUUUAACAUUCUUUCAUAGUGAAUCUAAUAGAAACCUUUUUGAUGUCUUGACACGAGAAUCCUUUAUUCGAGGAAUUUCCUUUACACUAAUGAUAUCUGUUUGAACGAAUUUUGCUUGUAGUUAUACAUCUUAGCUGACUUACUGAUAAGUUUUGAAAUGUAUAUAUGGCACUGAAACAUUUUUUUUUCUGUUUGUAUCUUAAAGAUGUUGCAUUCCAUAAUGAUUCUGGAUGUCUCUGGUGUUCGAUGUAUGUGUGAAUAUUUAAAAACAAGAAUUCUUCUUAGUGCUGUGAAUGUUUUACUUCGCACAACUUUUAUUUUACUCAACAGUUUGUAAUCUUAUUGUGUGAAGCUGUAGUAUUCAUGUUGGGACAGUAUUUUUCUGCACUCCAUGAAAGAGCUUGUUUUAUGUGCAUGAGCUUCACUUUAAAAUAGUUUAGAACCAAUAUUACAAUCAGAGACUUAAAGACAGCUCUGAUUGUUUCUGUGUUUUAAUAAGUGUAUAGAUUGUAGAUUAUCUUUAUUGUGUAAUAUAAGAAAAGCACGAAAGCAGUACAAAUGCAAAUUGAAACACAUUCUAUGAAGUGUUUAAUUUUCUUUGGAUUAUGGAAAACUAUUGUGGUGGUAAGGGUCUGAUUAAUUUCCUAAGAUCUUUUAGUCUUGCCGUACAGUAUUUUUUUUUCACUGUAAAUUUAUCUGUUGAAUUAUCUGGGUGUUUGAAUAUUUUGUAAAUACUAUCUUCUAUGUUAUUUUUUAUAAUACAUUGUAACAAUUCUAACCGGAUUAUAUUUUAAAAAUAGAAAAAAAUGAAAUGCUUUGUGGAAAAAAUUGCUUUUGGAUGUUUUAAUUUUUCAAUAUUUCAGACUUUUAAGAAUAAAACGUUUUCCUUAAAUUAAUUUUAUAUAAGAUUUCUUUAAAAAGAAAUUAAAAUUGCUAUAUAAACAGUCUAACAAAGAAAAGCAGUUAUUUUAAUUCUUUUGUUCAGUGAAUCGUUAUUAUUGAUAAUUCAGAAAUGUAUCGCAAUCUCUUUCAAUGAUGCAAGAAACUUUAUUUGAAAGAAAAAGUAAAACUUUUCUAAAGCGCAUUUUAUUACACAGUAUCAUUUUAUUUAUUUUAUCCUUAUUCGCUUUCUGGAAUUCAGAUCAUUAAUCUUAUUUUAAAAUAUGAUAUAACCAAAUACAAAGUUUUAAAAUGUGGUGCAAUUUGGAGGCAUUAUUUCUCAAAAUUCAAAGAAAUAAUUUUGAAAACAGAAUAUUUCUCCAAAUUUUUCUUAAUACCUUUCAAUAUAUUGUUUUCUAUCACUUUUUGUUAGAAAAUGCACUUCUUAGAUGCAUAUUUUUCUGAAUAUUAAUAAAGGUAGAUAGUAAACAUCCAUGAAAUUUUUUCGUAAUAUUUGUAAAUGCAAGUUAUUUUAUUUUGAAAAUAAGAAGGAAAAUUAUUCAAAUCAAUUAAAAACAUCUGAAAUUAUAAAUGGGGCAUUUAGAUACACAUUUUUUACGAAUUUAAGGACACCGGAUAGUGAUAUCAAUAAAAUUCUUUCGUCAUAUUGUCUCAUUUGUAAACACAAUCUUUUUGUUAUUUUUAAAAAUAAACAGUUAGAUGACUUCACUCAAUUAAAGAUAAGACAUUUGAAAUUAUUCAUGGAGCAUUCUCUAAUAUAUUGCCUUGUUUUACUUUAGUAGGAUUAUAAUCUGCUCGUAAAUUAACUCACAGUAUCAUUAAGAAAUUUAAAUGAAGCAAGAACCUAUUAAUAACAAUCACUAUUAAAACUGGAGUCGGAAACUUUUUAAUACAUUUCAUUUUUGCUUUUUAUUCAAGCUGACUAGAAAUUCUUAAGUCUUUACAAACGAGAAAAAAAAUAAUCCUAAGUGAAAAACUAGCCAAGAAUGCACAAAUUUAUCUUUAUUUAACUUUGUUAUGUUUGUGACCUUUUCCUUUAAAAAACAGUUCUAAAGCCUUUGGGAGACAUUCCUUGAAAUCAUGGCUACUAAAGUCUGCAACAACUUUCCUUAGAGUCAGUGUGGGAUUAUCAAUGACGCAGUGUAAUUUAAUGACUUUACCAGCUUAAGAAAUAAAUCAAUCAGAAAAACUUUUACCUCAGAUAAAUAAAGUUCGGUGGGUGAACUUUUAUAUGCUCAAUCAAUUCUGAAAGAGUGCGCUAAAACAAAGCAGACUUUCGCGAAAAAGGACAUGAGAAUAAAUUUAAUGUAAAUAAAUUUUUUCAGAAUUUUCAGAUUCCAGUUUUUAGUUUUUCAUAUAUCAAGAUAAACAAGUCUCAAUAAAAACAUAUUAAACGUUUAGAUAUUAUUCAGAAUUCUCAUAAUCAAUAGAAUAUUAUUCAAAAAAAUUUUUAAAAUUAUUUUGAAACAAUAUAUUAGAAAUCUUUUAAAAUCUGUAUUCAUUUUUUAAUAAUGUAAAUCUUUCAUUAUCAUUCAUUAAUAUUUUAAGCAAAUAUAAAAAAUUUCCAAAUUUAUGAAAUGCGUUUUAAGUUCUGUAAUCACUUCUAUUUUA